AUGGCUGAUUUGAAAUCCGUUCCACCUGGAAGGAACGCAACUGACGUGCUUUCCAGUUUUGUACAUCCCAUCACUACCAUGAAGUUCACAAUCGCUGCCUCCCUUCUUGCCCUUGGCACUGCCUCUGCCUUUGUCACUCCUCAGGCUUAUGGACGCACCAGUGAUGUUGUCCGAUCUAUGGCCGCCACAGAGACUCCGGUCUACACUUUUGAAAAGAGUGAAGAAAUCUUUGCUGAGGCUCAAACUUUGAUGCCCGGUGGUGUCUCUUCUCCUGUGCGUGCUUUCAAGUCCGUCGGUGGAAACCCUGUCGUCUUUGACAAGGUGAAGGGAGCAUACGCCUGGGAUGUUGAUGGCAACAAGUACAUUGAUUAUGUGGGAACCUGGGGACCCGCCAUUCUUGGACACGCUGAUGAUGAUGUCCUGGCAGCUGUCAGGGCCACAAUGGAAAAGGGAACUUCCUUUGGUGCCCCGUGUCCUUUGGAAAAUGAACUCGCUAAAAUGGUCAUUGAUGCUGUCCCUUCGGUCGAAAUGGUCCGAUUCACAAACUCUGGUACCGAAGCUUGCAUGGGAAUGAUCCGUCUUGUCCGAGCAUUCACCGACCGAGAAAAGGUUAUCAAAUUCGAAGGAUGCUACCACGGACAUGCUGAUUCCUUCCUGGUCCAAGCUGGAUCUGGUGUCGCCACACUUGGAUUGCCUGAUUCUCCCGGUGUCCCAGCUUCUGCCACCAAGGCCACAUACUGUGCCGAAUACAACAACUUGGAAAGUGUAAAAGCCAUCCUUGAGGACAACAAGGACGAAAUUGCUGCCAUCAUUUUGGAACCAGUCGUUGGAAACUCUGGUUUCAUCAAACCCGAUAAGGCAUUCUUGGAAGGACUGCGAGAAUUGGCCACGGACAAUGGAGCUCUCUUGGUAUUCGACGAAGUCAUGACUGGAUUCCGAGUUGCCUACGGAGGCGCCCAGGAAUACUUUGGAGUCACACCUGAUGUCACCACCAUGGGUAAGGUUAUUGGAGGAGGUCUCCCCGUUGGUGCAUACGGUGGACGCAAGGAUAUUAUGGAAAUGGUCGCACCUGCUGGGCCCAUGUACCAAGCUGGAACCCUCAGUGGAAAUCCUUUGGCCAUGACUGCCGGAAUUGAAACCAUGAAGAAACUCAAGGAGGAUGGUGUCUAUGAAGAGUUGGAACGCAAGGCCCAAAAACUGGUAGAUGGUAUCUGCGAUGCUGCCGAAAAGCAUGGACAUGCCAUCUGUGGGGGUACAGCUGGAGGUAUGUUCGGAUGGUAUUUUACGGAGGGACCUGUCAAGAACUUCCAAGAAGCUACCAAGGCUGAUGGAGAGAAAUUCGGCAAGUGGCACCGAAUGAUGUUGGAGCGAGGAGUGUACUUGGCACCUUCGAUGUACGAAGCUGGAUUCAUGUCCUUGUCACACACAGACGAAGAUAUUGAAAAGACAAUUGCUAUCGCUGAUGAAGUGCUUUCCAAGCUGUAA